GUGAUGAGCAUGAUGAGUUUGGCUUCCACAUCAUGCGAGAAAACAUCAGCACCCAAGAAGAAAAGCGAGAAGAAGAUUGCGUCCAAAGAAGAAUACAGAUUAUUGUCCAACAUCAUGGGAGUCAUGAAUAAUUUGAGGAAACAGGGAAUCCUGUGUGAUGUCAUCCUGGUGGUUCAGGGAAAACACAUCCUGGCACACAGAGUGGUGCUGUCGGCUGCGAGUCACUUCUUUAACCUCAUGUUUACAUCAAGUAUGAUGGAAGCCACGAAUCAUGAGGUGGAGCUCGGCGGAGCUGAACCAGAGAUUGUUGAAUUACUGGUGGAGUUUGUUUACACGGCGAGGAUUUCAGUGAACAGUAAUAAUGUUCAAUCUCUGCUGAAUGCUGCUAACCAGUAUCAGAUUGAUCCUGUGAAGAGGAUGUGUGUAGAUUUCCUAAAGGAGCAGGUGGAUGCUACCAACUGCCUGGGCAUCAGUGCUCUGGCUGAGUGUUUGAACUGUCCUGAGCUGAAGGUCGCUGCAGAUGAUUUCAUUCACCAGCACUUCACAGACGUCUAUAAGAUGGAUGAGUUCCUACAGCUGGACGUUAAACAGGUGACACAUCUGCUCCAACAAGACACGCUGACCGUCCGGGCUGAAGACCAGAUAUACGACGCAGCUGUACGAUGGCUCAAGUAUGAUGUGUUAAAUCGGCAGCACUACAUUGUGGACAUUUUGGGGAAAGUUCGAUUCCCCCUCGUGUCCAAAAACUUCCUCAGUAAGACGGUCCAGGCCGAGCCGUUGAUUCAGGACAAUCCAGAGUGCUUGAAAAUGGUCAUCUGUGGCAUGCGCUAUCAUCUGUUGUCUCCAGAGGACCGCGAGGAACUCGGUGAGAGUAGUCGACCCCGCCGUAAGAAACACGACUAUCGCAUCGCUCUGUUUGGCGGCUCGCAACCGCAGUCCUGCCGGUACUUUAACCCGAAGGAUUACAGCUGGACAGACAUCCGCUGUCCUUUCGAAAAACGACGGGACGCCACGUCUGUGUUUUGGGACAACGUUGUGUACAUUCUGGGUGGCUCUCAACUCUUUCCCAUAAAACGCAUGGACUGCUACAACGUAGUGAAGGACAGCUGGUAUUCAAAACUCGGACCCCCAAAUCCACGAGACAGUCUGGCCGCCUGCGCCUUUAAAGGAAAGAUCUACACGUCAGGAGGAUCUGAAGUGGGAAGCUCUGCUCUUAAUCUCUUUGAGUGUUAUGACACACGAACAGAGACGUGGCAGACCAAACCCAACAUGUUGAUGCCUCGCUGCAGUCACGGCUCGGUGGAAGCCAACGGUCUCAUCUACGUCUGCGGAGGAAGUCUGGGAAACAACGUAUCGGGUCGAGUGCUGAACGACUGUGAGGUUUAUGACCCCGUCACAGAAGAGUGGAGGGUUCUGUGCGGGAUGAGAGAAGCCCGGAAGAAUCACGGCCUGGUGGUGGUGAACUCACGAAUAUACGCCGUCGGUGGGCAGAACACACUGGGUGGCUUAGAUUCGGUGGAAUAUUACGAGAUCGGCAGUAACGAAUGGAAGAUGGCGUCACCGAUGCCCUGGAGGGGUGUGACCGUGAAGUGUGCGGCCGUGGGCUCUGUCAUCUACGUGCUGGCCGGGUUUCAGGGAGUGGGGCGAUUGGGUCACAUCAUGGAAUAUUACACAGAGACAGACAAGUGGGUGGUGUCCAGUAAAGUCCGUGCCUUCCCCGUCACCAGCUGCCUGAUCUGUUUGGUGGACACGUGCGGCGCCAACGAAGAGGACAUGAAUUUCACAUCUUUACCAUCUUCAUCUGCGGAUGGGAGAAUUUAGCGUUGCCAUGGCGCCCGUUGUGGCAUAAAGAUGCAGAACAUACACAGAGAUAGUGACUUAGUAUUGUGCAAAGACAUUUGUUGUAUUUUAUAUUUGCCAUCCAUUUGAUUAUGGAUUUAUGUCAUUCAGAUUAGACCAGUCAGGUUACUGGAUGAACGGCUGUCAGGAGAGCUGAUGUUUUACAGAUCAUAGAAACGAUCACUUCCUAGAUGGAAAUCAGUAUUUUAAAUGGUUUUCAUACGUUUAGCUUUAUUCUUUUGUGUUUUUAUUAUGGUUGUAUCAACAUUUUUGCUGUGUGUUUAUAAAGUUGUCACUUUUUUAAGUAAUGCUAAUGUAUUUAUCUUUAUGUUGCAGACCUAGGAGAAUACUGUACUGUAUAUGCUACAAUCUUUCUUAACGUGAAUUUUUUGUUAGAUUUUUUUUUAAUAAGACAACCAAACUGAGUUGAGACUUUAAUGAAUCAUUUCAGAGUAUUAAAAUAAAAUUUUAUCACCUGUAAUAGCAU